UUCAAUGCAAAUACAUUGAAAUUUAUGGCGAACGAGGGGAGGUUUCUCGCUGAAUUAUAACUCGUAGACGAGUUUGGUAGUCUAAAAAUGCUUCAUGUAUCAAGGGAAUUAUUUCUACAUACCGUACCAGCUUUACAGCAAGUUUUGAACCGGUGACUGCGACGAAUUCGGGGAUAAUUUCCUUGUGGUGUCGAGGCUGUCGCAGUACAACUCCCUACUACGUUCUGUAUUAUACAGGAAACUGGCUGAUCAACCCAUAAACAGCAACCUUAUGAACAGAUUUGUGUGCUUAUACCCGCAUCGACUUUACAGUUAUAUUUUGAUUUCGUGAAUACAGCCAUCGAGCGACAAAAUGAGCUUUUCAUCUGAGAUAGAUGAAGAUUAUGAGAAAACAAGAAAGCACAUUGUGGCAAAGUAUGACAGAGGUUAUGAUGAAAAUGCUGAAAUUGAUGACUGGGAGGAUGCAAACUUCUUUGUGUACAAAGUUACUGAUAGAUACGGAUUUCUUCACAAAAAUGACCUCCCUGAAGGCCGAGACGAUAAGCUUUUAGCAUUAGAGCGUGAUAGAGUUCAAAAAUGGGUCAAGAUGGUAAAGAACUGGGACAAAUACAUACAGGGGGAAAAGCUAAGGAGACGCAUCUACAAAGGAAUUCCAAAUUCUAUGAGAGGAGAAACUUGGAAAAAACUUCUCGGAGUUGAAAGCGUUCCAAACAGGACCACCGUGUAUGAGUCCAUGAAAAGGAUUGCCAGAGCUCAGUCUCCAGACAUUCGGCAGAUUGACUUAGAUGUCAACAGAACGUACAGAGAUCACAUCAUGUUUAGAGAUAGAUAUGGCAUCAAACAGCAAGCCCUGUUUCAUGUUCUUGCUGCAUAUUCCAUGUAUAAUGUGGAGGUAGGUUACUGUCAAGGCAUGAGUGGAAUAGCUGCCUUGCUGUUAAUGUAUCUUAAUGAAGAGGAUGCCUUUUGGGCUUUGUCUGCACUCCUCACUGACAGGAAACAUGCCAUGCAUGGUUUUUUUGUACCUGGCUUUCCAAAGCUGAUAAGAUUUCAAGAGCACCAUGAUAAGAUUUUAAGGAAACUUUUGUCAAGACUUCACAAGAACUUGGAAAGAGAAGGUUGUUAUUCAACUCUUUAUACUCUAAAAUGGUUUAUGCAGUGCUUUCUGGACAGGGUUCCAUUUACAUUAACACUAAGAUUGUGGGACAUAUUCAUGUUGGAAGGGGACCGACUGUUGACUGCCAUGGCCUACAACAUCAUGAAAAUGCACAGAAAAAUUUUCAUAAAAAUGGGCCUCGAGGAAGUCGUGCAGUUCCUACAAGAGAAAAUGCAUGCGUAUAAUUACGACGACGAUGAAGUAGUCGAGUUGCUCCAGGCUGCGAUGUUCGAGUUGAAACGUUUGGGACUGGACACUCCACCGGCGCCCUCUAGGGCGGAAUUCCCGUCACUCCCUCCGGGCACAGCAUUAAAACGAGGCGUUUUCCAAACAGCGUCUGCGCGCGCACGCAAGAACAAAGAAAAAGAUAAAAUUAUCCGCGUGCCUAUGGACAGGCCUCCUUCUCCAGUCUCUCCCGAAAUAUCACCUCUUCGUGGGGUUCCGACGAAUUUGUCGCAUUCACCGCCAUCUCAUAUGAAUCGUAGCGAGACUUCUGUUUCGACAUUUCCCGGUACUCCAACGGAGUACCGAAGUGAAGCAUCGGUAUCAACGAUAAUAGAAAUCAAGCGAUACCCUCAACUACCGGCAAGUUACCGAGGAGACUUGAAUAAUCAGCGCACAACGCACGACGACCCUCGAUGGUUAGAUCAUCGGAAGAGCGAUGGACAUGAGGUGGAGAUCUUGCGGUACAAACCACCAGAUGGACGUAUAGUGUAUCAUUCCGAGAGCGUUCUCCCCUCUUCCGACAGCGCUACGGACGGCAGCAUGCGGAGGCGAAGAGUUAACGAAGGUUCUUACAACUCAAUGUCAACAUUUCGGCCAAUCAAUGGAGACAUGGACGCGCUUGCGAUGGCUUCCAAGCCCGGCGGAUCACCUGUUUGGAAACAUCACUCGAACGAACACCAGGGAAGGAGCUUGCGCAGUAGCCAGGCUGGAAGCCAAUCCAGUGUCAGCAGUAGGAACAGUCAAUUCAGCUUACAGAAUGUCACGUGGGAAGCUUCUAAAACCAAUCUGUUUGGUAUCACGGAGCUCUGACUUAUCAUGCUGGGAUCCCGACAGAGACUGUCCUAAGAUUUGGAUAUUUAUGUCUAUUUUAAGCCUGCAUCACCCAUGCUCGUUGUAAGACGCUUAUCCGUCUCACUUUUAUUGGAUUUAUUUUUACGCCCCACUCUUCUCCCUUCGCAAUCCCCUAUCCCCUCAAAAGAGAAAAACGCGAAUGUGUAUGGAUGUGUGAGUGCUUACGUGGUCGAAUUCAGUAACAGGCAAAACAGGCGAUCGUUUACUCUCCCCCUGGCUUCCUCGAUACUCGAAGACAGGGUUCGUACGCGUCUUGAAAACCCUUGAAAACCCUUGAAUUUCAGGAGGCCAGUUUCCAGGCCUUGAAA